UCAUCUGGCGUCAUGUGGCGCACAUAUUCUACGCCGGGUCAAGUAAGCCCGCACGGUCUCUCAGUCGACGGAGGAGAUCGGGGCAUAUGGUUGCCUUGAUCGUGUGAGUGCUCUCGCCACUGCGACAUCGUCCCGCGCUCGCUGUGUUGCGCUCGAGAAUGGCCAAGGCGUUCGUCGCUCUCUUCUCGGUGUUGUGGGCAGUGCCUCCCAUUGACGCCUUGGUCACGAUUUGCAAAGCGAGCAGUGCGACGUCGUGGAGUACUGGAAUCGAAUGCAGCAUGGAAUUGGAUAUCGUUCGUCCGACGGUUGUGGACAGAUCGACACCCAUUGCAUGGACCAUUCGAAGCACGUAUGGAGAUCCCAUUGUGUUGGUCAAGUCGGCCAUCUCCGUGUGCGAUACAUCUAAAUACACAUGCACAUAUGGCUCGGCCGACUUUGUUGCAGCACCAUCGUCGGCCAUUGCGUUCGAAAAUGCCACAUUUGCCAAGGGCGCGACCACGGUGACGUUUCCCACGUCGUCUUCCUACGUCGUUGCGCUAAACGUAGUGGCCGGCAGCAACGGACAGCAGUUUUUGGCUACGUUGCCGGUACCUGUCGUGCUGGCAUCGUCCUCGCUGCCGUCGAUGGCGCCGCCCACUAUUCCUGGAACCACCCCGUCGUCAACCAUUUCACAAGAUGAUCGGUCCAAGAUUCCGUCCAACGGAAGCGUAAUCCUGAUCAUUGUCGGCGCAAUCCUCGCUCUUGUCCUUGGAACAGUGUUUGCCAUGCUCUUCGCCAAACUUCGAAAGGCAAGGGCCAACAUCUCGUCUCAACAGUCCAGUCUAGGAACGUACCACCCCGACGAUGCAUCCCAUGUCGAGCUUGACGCGACAGCGGCGGCCAAGUUCGUCCCGCCGGAGCCCUACUCGCGUCGAGUAUAUGUCGCCAACUCGAGCGACAGGGGGUCGUCCGUCGCGGGUGGCCCAUCCUCGUCAUGUGCUUCGGAUGGCAUGUCUGCGUUGCAAACCAACUUUCGGUAUCCGUCCGCUUCAGGAGCUCGAAACUCGACGAGCGAGACCUGUUACGGUGGGUACGUCCAAGUGACGGAUCAAGUCGCGCCGCAACGUGCCCGGCGACCCCUCAACUAUCGACGAUAACGUGCUCGUGAUAUUUGCUUAAUGGAACGACGGCA